CGGGGCCAUUUGGCCGUGGGGGCGCGGGGGCGGGCGGUGCGCGGGUUCUGUGCGGGCAGGGGGUGUCGGAGCGGCGACCAAGCAUGGGUGACCAAGCGCUCAGCUUCCUCAAGGAUUUCCUGGCCGGCGGGAUCGCCGCCGCCAUCUCCAAGACCGCCGUCGCCCCCAUCGAGAGAGUGAAGCUGCUGCUGCAGGUCCAGCACGCCAGCAAACAGAUCACGGCGGAGAAGCAGUACAAGGGCAUCAUUGACUGCAUAGUCCGCAUCCCCAAGGAGCAAGGCAUCAUCUCCUUCUGGAGAGGGAACCUGGCCAAUGUCAUCCGGUACUUCCCCACCCAGGCCCUCAACUUCGCCUUCAAGGACAAGUACAAGCAGAUCUUUCUGGGGGGAGUGGACAGGCACAAGCAGUUCUGGCGCUACUUCGCAGGGAACCUGGCGUCCGGAGGAGCCGCGGGAGCCACCUCCCUCUGCUUCGUCUACCCGCUGGAUUUCGCCAGGACCCGGCUGGCGGCUGAUGUGGGCAAAGGAGCCAGCGAGAGGGAGUUCACUGGGCUGGGUGACUGCAUCGUCAAGAUCUUCAAGUCUGACGGCUUGAGGGGCCUGUACCAGGGAUUCAGCGUGUCUGUUCAGGGCAUCAUCAUCUACAGAGCAGCUUAUUUUGGGGUCUAUGACACGGCCAAGGGUAUGUUGCCUGAUCCAAAGAAUGUGCAUAUCGUAGUGAGCUGGAUGAUUGCCCAGACUGUCACUGCAGUAGCAGGGCUGGUUUCUUAUCCUUUUGAUACUGUGCGACGUCGGAUGAUGAUGCAGUCUGGCCGAAAGGGAGCUGACAUUAUGUACAAGGGCACAAUUGAUUGCUGGAAGAAGAUAGCUAAAGAUGAAGGAUCCAAAGCGUUCUUCAAGGGUGCCUGGUCGAAUGUGUUGAGAGGCAUGGGCGGAGCUUUUGUAUUAGUACUUUAUGAUGAGAUCAAGAAAUAUGUCUAAAACUUAACAUCGUAAUGUAGUUCAAUUGUUCUCAAUCAACUUUUUUUAAAACAUAUGCUAUUGUGAUGUAAUGGACAACAAAAUAUUUCCUAGGGAAACAAUAAAAUUUGAGUAACAUAUCUGGUUGAGAGGAGGAUGAAUUAAUUAAAAUUGUCCACUACAACACAGUUACAUUUUGUAUGAAAAUUCGUCCAACUUUUUUAUUGGAACCUGUGUGUACAUUGUACUCCAAAUUUCAGGUAACAUUUUGUCUAGAGACAAGUCUUAGGUGGCUUAUAACUAAUUUAAAAUCUAAUAUUGUGAAUGCUUAAUAGAACAAGAUCUUCAGAAAUAACUGUUGUACUAAGUGAUGUCUCUAGCUACCCAACAGUAUUUAUAACAUUAAAAUAACUUAAAAAUACAGCUUUAGAAGAAAACAUGAUAUUAAGUAAAAAACACAUCUGAAAAUACAAACUAUAGUACAGCACCAGGCUGACUUCCUAACUGCAGCCUCUUCACUUAGAAGUUCUACGAUCAUGGUUGACACCAUAAUCUGAUUUUUAAAGUGUAUUUUUGUUGAAUACGAAAAUAGUGUUUCAAAAAUUCCCCCAAAAAUUCUUCACAAAGCAAAAAGUUGUCUGCUCUUAUGUUUCAAUUGAACUAAAACUGAAGUCAUGAAAUAAAUUAAUAUAUUAAUGAA